AUGGCGGGCCAAUCGCUCAUUAAGCGGCGCGUGGUCCUCGGCCUGGCGGAACUCCAAAACAAUCCCACCUUGACCGACGGAUGCGCCGAGACUCUACCCUUCGACGACGGCGCUGCCGGCUGCGAAUGCCCUUGGGAGCCUGCUCACUGGUCCGUGGGCUGCCGGGGCUGUGCGGCCCGGAUUUCGUUUUCCGGUAUGAAAGCGAAGUGCAUCAAGCGGACUAGAGAGCGUUGGACGUGGUUCUCCUCGGCACGAAGAAUUGACGACAAAUGCGGCGAACGACUCGGGACACUCAUUUAUCUCCCUUGGGAGAUCCGUCAAAAGAUUCUGAAAGUCCUGUUCGAAGACCAUGCCAACUACUAUCGCAGUGAAUGCAUCACCGAAGAAUCCAGUGCCAGAAGCUUCUAUCCGCGCUAUUGGGGGGACCAUAAAUCUCGCUUCUACGGCAUGCGACUUGCGUCACCGAGCACGAAAGUCGAACUCGAACACUACUACCUCACCAAGACCGAAUUCAGAUUCGAGAGCCCAAAAGCUCUGGAAAACUUCCUCGACCGGCUAUCGAUUUAUCAACAAAGCCUGCUUCGAGCGUUGACUUUCAGACUGUGCAAAACAGUGUAUCGCCUUGCUGACACCAGCGCCGCCAGCGAUUGGGUGGCCGUCUGUGUUCGCCUACCACCUAAGCUUGUGUCAAUCCAAUUUGACGUGCUUGGCCAGGGUCUGAGAGGUAUAAAGACGGGCGGACAAUGUUUCAUCUAUGAUGAUGACUAUCCAACGGUAUACGUCCAUCGUGCGAUCACACUUGUAGAAAUACUAGGGAAACGAGCUCGAAGGUGCGCUGCUAGGGUAAAGGUCGACUUGUUGGAUUGCGAGUUCGACCCCAAACAUGUCGUUCAGGAGGGGGGCCUGGAGGUCAGUUGGCUCAUUGAGCUGGAGCCAUGGAGCAAGAACUGGCGGGGAUGGUGGGAAGAAGCUAUAAAGAUAGACUUUAAUGAUGGAGAAGGAGCCAGCAAUGUGGCAUGA